UCUACUAUUUUUAUUGCAAAUCACAUAUAAGGUAUUACAAGCUUUUUACAAAGAGAAAAAUAAUGGUUGCAAAUUGCUUGAACGCCUACUCCUAAGGGACUACAACAACUUUUUUCUUUAUUUCAAUCAAAGCUUAAGUUCCUAAGCAAGUUCAGGUUGCCCUAAGCUGCAUUCCCCCUCCAUUUUCAUAUGCUUAAUGUCACACCUUGUACUUCCGACUUCCGCCUGCAAAAUAACAGCCACAAUACUGCAAUAUUAGUAGCAUACAUCAUCAAUGACGAGGCUUCCCUAUAACAACUAUUUCAAAUACAUCCAGUCAUCACAUGAGGAUCAAUUGGAAAACGAAAGAAACAAAUGAGCAAAAUUUCCUAAAAUCCUCAUACGAGUAAGCAAAAUUUAUAACAGAUUCCACACGUACCUCACUCCCAAAUCCCUAUUUCAGUCCAUUAUAAAAUCACCUCAUUCCUUAUUGAUUUGGACACACAUGAACAUAACAAUUUCCAUUGCUAAAGCUCUACAGAACUUUUAAGCUAGGCCCAACUUGCUUAUAGAUUAGUUUUUGCAUGAACUAAUCUACGUGAGUAUUCAGGGCAACAUAUUUCUGCAAAGCUUAGCUCACUAUAAAUCACUCAAUCCCAUUACCAAAUCUCAAUUAACAUCUUAUUUCAACUAUGAAUCUCACACUGAAAUUCAGAGUUUGAAGAGCUUGAACCUAGAUCAUAUCCUAAAAGCAUUAAGCUAAUCCAAAGCACACAUCAGCAAGAAAUGGAAGAAGAAGGAGAGCAUUGAAAAGCACAAAAAAUUAGAGAGGGAUCUUAUCUAAAUACUCGUCGGAGAAGACGCAUCGCCGAACUAGCUCCGGUCAAAAAUGGAAAAUCUUCCCAAAAUAUGUGUAGAUACUACUGAUGCGUUUAUGACGACGGAAAGAUUUGGUACACGAGAAGAGGUUAUCAGAUGGAUUAAAGAGGUUGGAAUCGACAAUAAAGUAACUGUUAUUAUCAGUCGUUCAGAUACUAAAACGGGGAAGAGAGGGAGAAGUAACAAAAUAAUAUUUGGCUGUGAUAAAGGUGGGAAACACAAGAUUAGUGAUAGUGGUACCCAAAGUGCGUCCAAGAAAUGUGGAUGUCCAUUUAAAAUCAGGUCGACUCCGGCGAAAGAUGGAUCUGGUUGGAAGAUUGAUGUAAAAUGUGGGUUACAUAAUCAUGGUUUACCUGAUAGAUUAGAAGGUCAUUCGUUUAUUGGUAGGUUGACCACAGAUGAGAAGCAACAUGUCGCUGAUUUGGCAAAGAGACAUGUAGCACCUAGAAACAUUUUGCUUUCCUUGCAAGACAAGUUUCCUGAGAAUGUCACUCGUAUUACGCAAGUAUACAAGCAUAAGAGUGUGAUAGAAAAAGAGAUAAGAGGUCCAAGGAGUGAGAUACAACAUCUGUUUAAGCUUAUUGAGGAUGCAGGAUAUGUGUAUUGGAGUAGAAAAAAGGAUGACUCGGAAGUGGUGAGAGAGAUAUUUUGGGCACAUCCUGAUUCAGUGAAGUUGUUGAAUAUAUUUCCGAUUGUGUUAGUUAUGGAUAGCACCUACAAGACAAACAAAUAUAGACAACCUUUGUUUGAAAUUGUUGGCAUGACAUCGACUGAGUUGACUUUUGCUGUUGGAUUUGCAUAUAUGGAGUCUGAGCAAACAGAGAAUUUUUGCUGGGUAUUGGAGAAAUUAAAAGAGUUGUUUGUGAAGAAAGACAUGUGUCCACAAGUGAUUUUGACAGAUAGAGAUCUUGCUUUGAUGAAAGCAAUUGAAGUUGUGUUUCCCAACUCGAUUAAUUUGCUAUGUAGAUUUCACAUUAACAAAAACGUUGGUGCCAAAUGCAAACAACAUGUGGUGAAUGACCUGCAAAAGACGAUAGACACAUUAUGGAUGGAAGUUGUCUGGGCUAGUGAUGAGGUUGAGUAUGGUCAGCGGUUGCAUCAACUUGAGCAAGCAUGUGUUGAUUAUAGUGGAUUUAUUAAUUAUGUGAAAGACACAUGGUUGACUCCACAUAGGCAUAGAUUUGUUGGAGCAUGGAUUAAUCGAGUCCUACAUUUGGGUAACACAACGACUAAUCGGGUUGAAUCUGCUCAUUGGAAGUUAAAGCAGAUGUUAGGAAACAGUAUAGGUGACAUGGUCAAAUGUUGGGAAGCCAUGAUGUUUAUAGGGACCCUUCGUAUCAUGAGUAUGUUGAUAAGGCAUCUCAAUCUUCACAAAGGCAAUCUCAACCAUCACAGACUUCGAAGAAGAUCAAAUUAUCAAAGAAGCAACCACAAUUCAUUGUUCAAUUUCCUAAUCAUAUUAGGUCAUACAUUGAAGAUGUAGUUAAUGUUGAAUCAGAUGGUAAUUGUGGAUUUAGAGUCAUUGCAUGAUUGCAUGGAUAUGGUGAGGAUGGUUGGUCAAUGGUUCGCAGAGAGUUGGGGUUGGAAUUAAUAGACAAGGAUAGGUCAACUUUGUAUGACAAGUUAUUUUCUAAUCGGUUGUCAGCUGUGAGAGAAUCUUUGAUGAUAGAAUCGUUUGGUUCACAGCCACCUGAAAAAUGGAUGAGUCUACCAGAUAUGGGUUACUUGAUAGCCAAUCGUUAUAAUGUUGUACUUGUUUGUUUAGGCAAUCCGUGCAUCACUUUCUUUCCGAUGACAAGUUCACAUUCACCAAAUGUCUCUAUUUAUUGCAUUGGUUUUGUUAACCAGAAUCAUUGGGUUCAGGUUAACAUGAAAGAGGGGUUUCCAUUGCCACCGGUCACAUUAGAUUGGAAGAAAUUUCGUUCUCAUAUAGCAACUACUUGGAUGCUAGGAUUUGCAGGACGUAUGCAACAUUGGCAAUUACUUACACCUGUAUUAGCAUGAUUAUGUAAUCAAAACAUAAAUAUGUAAUCAAAACAUGAAAUCUAUAUUAUUAUGUCUAUUAUAUUCAAAGCUUAAUACAUAUAAUCAAUGUGAACGAGAAA